AUGAACGCCACACACUGUCCGACAACCCACCCCCAUCUUGCCCCACAGAUCGGGGAUCGCAACACUCAAUACCCAGGUUUUAGGGGAAUAUUUGCGGACGCAUACGGGGCAAGCCACUUCCGUAAAUCUGCAACCCGGUUUAAGCGGAAGCCAUAUCAAGCACCGGAGGCCGAUUGUAGCAUCGCAGAGAUCGUGGCGCAUCGGAGCUUUCAUAUCUCCCGUAUCUACAACGCUAUGACACGAGUUGAUGCUGCCAAAGAUAAUCCAAAUUCUAUCGCUAUGCGUCGCUGGGUGCAUUCUGCAUACUAUCCUUCCGAUCUGGUCGAAGCGUAUGCUCACAAGAUCCUUGAUUGCCUUAUCCAGCAGGCGAAGUACGGCUUUCGCGGUUGGCAUCACAAUGAUUAUGCUCAGGAUGAGCGGAAGAGUGAAGACGAGGAUAAAAAUGUGGAUUGUAAGGGUAGGCUGGCGAAUGUGAUUAAGGGCCUAGAAGAGGAGAAGACUAUAUGUGAAGAUGUGAUGAUGAGUGCGGCGCAGGUCCGCAUGUUUGUCAAUGCGCCUAGAGCGUAUGCAAGAAGGAAGGAGGCGAACAGGGUUGGGAAUAGUAAGAGGGGAAGGAAUAAGAAGGAUGAU